GAGAGGGAGAGGGUGGGACGAAGAGAGAGCUUGCAAAAGAGAGAGGUUUGCUAGCUCACCGCACAGAAAGCAGCGAGCAUCAGCGACGUUUGACAGCAUCCAAGAAGAACGCAAAUUCAACUUUCACCUGGCAAAUAUCGAUAUCUGCUCUGAAUUUUUAUUUUAAUAGUCCCUGAUGCAAAAUGUAGGAGAUAGCGGGGGAAAAACGUUACAUAUCUGAAUCGAUAUCAGGACGAGUCGUGUGACCACAACGUCUUUGAGAGAGGAAAUGUCAAAGCCCUGCGCGAGGAUAUUUUUGGUACAAAUUCGGAGAUUCUAAAUCGUUUUUCUGUGGACUGACGUCGCGCGAGUGAAAUGAAACUCGUUUUAUGAACGCACAAAGAAACGAGCACUGUUUUGAUUCGCAUAGAUCCGUGGCGAUUGCAGGCUGAGCAGAAUUCUCACUGCUUUAUUUCACCGGGACUACAGAGAAAGCUUUAUGAUUUCUGCAAAACCGCAGGCAAAGCCGUACAGUAUAUAUACUAAUUUGGCUCUGCACUGUGGCAAGAAGAAAUGCAAGCUUUCGUUUAGCAUCCUCCACAACCUUGAACUUCUCCGCUAGAUUCAGUUUUGCCAUAGUCUGGGAAACUCGAUACGUGGAAACGUUAGUCAGCCUCCAAGGCGCGUGCGACGCACAUAUCCGUGGUGCUGAAAGGAUAGCUCACGUUGUUUCUGAACAACAGAAAGGUGUCUGUUUUUCCGGAGCGGAACUAACAUCAUUACUAAUGGUUUGGUGACCUUUUCUUUAUAUGGCUUGAUGGCUCCAAUCUGAGUGCCUUUCAUGGCUGUGGCACGCAAAAUUAAAACUUUGCUGACUGUUAACAUUUUGGUUUUUGUCGGGAUUAUAUUGUUCUCGGUCUACUGCAGAAUUCAGGAUCGCUCCGAAGAGCUGGUUCAGAUCGGAAGGACCUCCGAUCAAAGAAUCCGAAGUAGGAAUGGUAAAGUUACCAACUUGGUGGACAGGCAGUCCAUUCUUCAACGGCUGGAACACCUUGAAGACGUAGUCUACAAUCAAUUAAACGGUCUGGCCAAGCCCAUGGGCCUGGUGGAAGGUCCCGGGGGGCUGGGCCAGGGGGGCAUAGCCGCCACCCUGCGGGACGACAGCCACGAGAUGGAGGGCAAGUACGAGGAGUACGGCUACAACGCCCAGCUCAGCGACCGCAUCUCCCUGGACAGGAGCAUCCCGGACUACAGGCCCAAAAAGUGCAAGCAAAUUGCCUACCCCGACGACCUUCCGCAGAUCUCGGUGGUCUUCAUCUUCGUGAACGAGGCCCUGUCGGUCAUCCUGCGGUCCGUCCACAGCGUGGUCAACCACACCCCCGCUCACCUCCUGAAGGAGAUCAUCCUGGUGGACGACAACAGCGACAGCGUGGAGCUGAAGUUCAACCUGGACCAGUACGUCAACAAGCGGUACCCGGGCCUGGUGAAGAUAGUCCGGAACAGCAAGAGGGAGGGGCUGAUCCGGGCGCGGAUCCACGGGUGGAAGGCGGCGACGGCGCCGGUGGUGGGCUUCUUCGACGCGCACGUGGAGUUCAACGCUGUCUGGGCAGAGCCGAUUCUGACCAGGGUAAAAGAAGACCACACUCGGAUUAUCCUCCCGGCGAUUGACAACAUCAAGUACAACACGUUCGAGGUUCAGCAGUACGCUAACGCCGCUCACGGCUACAACUGGGGCCUCUGGUGCAUGUACAUCAUCCCGCCACAGGAGUGGCUGGACAAGGGCGACGAGACCGCUCCCAUCAGGACCCCAGCGAUGAUUGGCUGCUCAUUUGUGGUGGACAGAGAGUACUUCGGAGAGAUUGGCCUUCUGGAUCCAGGCAUGGAAGUCUACGGAGGGGAGAACAUUGAGCUCGGCAUGAGGGUGUGGCAGUGCGGAGGAAGCAUGGAGGUGCUGCCCUGCGCCCGGGUGGCGCACAUCGAGCGCACGAAAAAGCCGUACAACAACGACAUCGACUACUACGCCAAGAGGAACGCCCUGAGGGCAGCCGAAGUGUGGAUGGACGAGUACAAGUCCCACGUCUACAUGGCCUGGAACAUCCCCAUGAAUAAUCCUGGGGUGGACUUUGGCGACGUUUCUGAGAGGGUGGCCCUGAGGAAGAAGCUCCACUGUCGCAGUUUCCGGUGGUACCUGGAACACGUAUACCCCGAGAUGCGUAUCUAUAACAACACCAUCACCUACGGAGAGGUGCGAAACAGCAAGGCCAGCGGGUACUGCUUAGACCAAGGAUCUGAGGACGACGACAAAGCCAUCCUGUACCCGUGUCACGGCAUGUCCUCUCAGCUCGCCCGCUACUCAACGGAAGGCCUCCUGCAGCUAGGACCCUUGGGGUCGACCACGUUUUUGCCCGACACAAAAUGCCUCAUCGACGACGGGAGAGGACGGGUCCCCAGCUUGAAAAAAUGCGACUCCGUUUCUCGGGUCUCACAGAGGCUGUGGGACUUCACGCAGAACGGUCCGAUCAUCAGCCGGGACACGGGACGGUGCCUGGAGGUGGAGAUGUCCAAAGAGGCCAACUUCGGCCUCAGGCUGGUGGUGCAGAGGUGUUCCGGGCAGAAGUGGAUGAUCCGAAACUGGAUCAAGCACCCCAGACAUUAAGAGGCCGAGGGACGGCCUCCCCCGCUGCCGCUGGCGCCCGUGACCUUCCUUCGAAGUGCCGCUGUCACAGCCGAAUAAUGCCCCCGCCCUGGGA